CCUGCGAGGCCACGUUAGGGUCGGGUGCGCGCCGAGGGGCGGCGGGCGGGCGACAGGUCCCGAGCCGGAGCGCGCCGCUGCCCCGGCCCCUGCGCCGCGCGCUCGCUGGCUGGCUGGGGACUGGCAGCAACCGGAGCUGCACUGCCGCCUCUGGCGCGAACGCUCAGGCGCCUCCUCCCGCCCCAGUCACUGUGGCUCGGAGCACGCUGCCGGCGGCUGCCCUUUCCGCCUCUGGGGGAGCAAAGCCGCGGGCCCGCCGUGCGCCUGAACCAUGGCCUCGGGCCGGAGGGGCUGGGACAGCUCCCACGAGGACGAUCUGCCCGUGUACCUGGCCAGGCCGGGCACCACGGACCAGGUCCCGCGGCAGAAGUACGGCGGCAUGUUCUGCAACGUGGAGGGCGCCUUCGAGAGCAAGACGCUGGAUUUCGAUGCCCUGAGCGUGGGGCAGCGGGGCGCGAAGACUCCCCGGAGCAGCCAGGGCAGCGGCCGCGGCUCCGGGAGCCGGCCGGGAGUGGAGGGGGACACCCCGCGCCGGGGCCAAGGCCGGGAGGAGGGCAGGGAGCCCGCGCCCGCGUCGCCCGCGUCGCCCGCGCCCGCCGGGGUGGAGAUCCGGAGCGCCACCGGCAAGGAGGUUUUGCAGAACCUCGGCCCCAAGGACAAGAGUGACCGUCUUCUUAUCAAGGGUGGCAGAAUUGUCAACGAUGAUCAGUCCUUUUAUGCUGACAUUUACAUGGAAGAUGGAUUAAUAAAGCAAAUUGGAGACAAUCUGAUUGUCCCUGGAGGAGUGAAGACCAUCGAGGCCAAUGGGAAGAUGGUGAUCCCGGGAGGCAUCGAUGUCCACACUCACUUCCAGAUGCCAUACAAAGGAAUGACCACAGUGGAUGACUUCUUCCAAGGGACGAAGGCUGCCUUAGCGGGGGGCACCACCAUGAUCAUUGACCACGUGGUGCCUGAGCCCGAGGCCAGCCUAACCGAGGCCUAUGAGAAGUGGCGAGAGUGGGCAGAUGGGAAGAGCUGCUGUGACUAUGCCUUGCACGUGGACAUCACCCACUGGAACGACAGCGUCAAGCAGGAGGUGCAGAACCUCAUCAAGGACAAAGGGGUUAACUCCUUCAUGGUUUACAUGGCCUAUAAGGAUUUGUAUCAAGUGUCCAACACAGAGCUGUACGAGAUCUUCACCUGUCUGGGAGAGCUGGGAGCCAUUGCGCAAGUUCAUGCUGAGAACGGGGAUAUCAUCGCCCAGGAGCAAACCCGGAUGUUGGAAAUGGGGAUAACUGGUCCGGAAGGCCAUGUGCUGAGCAGACCAGAGGAGCUGGAAGCUGAGGCUGUGUUCCGUGCCAUCACCAUCGCCAGCCAAACCAACUGUCCACUCUACGUCACAAAGGUCAUGAGCAAGAGUGCGGCUGACAUCAUCUCCCAAGCCAGGAAAAAAGGGAACGUGGUCUUUGGUGAGCCCAUCACUGCCAGUCUUGGCACAGAUGGAACCCAUUACUGGAGCAAGAACUGGGCUAAGGCAGCUGCAUUUGUGACAUCCCCGCCUCUGAGCCCUGACCCGACCACUCCCGACUACAUCAACUCCUUGCUGGCCAGUGGAGACCUGCAGCUCUCUGGGAGUGCCCACUGCACCUUCAGCACUGCCCAGAAAGCCAUUGGGAAGGACAACUUCACAGCCAUCCCCGAGGGCACCAAUGGUGUGGAAGAGCGGAUGUCUGUCAUCUGGGACAAGGCUGUGGCCACAGGGAAAAUGGACGAAAACCAGUUUGUGGCUGUGACAAGCACAAAUGCCGCCAAGAUCUUCAACCUGUAUCCCCGCAAGGGAAGAAUAUCUGUGGGUUCUGACAGCGACCUGGUGAUCUGGGAUCCAGAUGCGGUGAAGAUCGUCUCUGCCAAGAACCACCAGUCGGCUGCAGAGUAUAACAUCUUUGAAGGGCUGGAGCUGCGUGGGGCUCCUCUGGUGGUCAUCUGCCAGGGCAAGAUCAUGCUGGAAGACGGCAACCUGCACGUGACCCAAGGGGCCGGCCGCUUCAUCCCCUGCAGCCCUUUCUCGGACUACGUCUACAAGCGUAUUAAAGCUCGGAGGAAGAUGGCAGACCUGCACGCCGUCCCGAGGGGCAUGUAUGACGGGCCAGUGUUUGACCUGACCACCACUCCCAAAGGGGGCACCCCCGCGGGCUCCACCCGGGGCUCUCCCACACGGCCCAACCCGCCCGUGAGGAACCUCCACCAGUCGGGAUUCAGCCUGUCGGGCACCCAAGUGGAUGAGGGGGUCCGCUCCGCCAGCAAGCGCAUUGUGGCGCCCCCUGGAGGCCGUUCUAACAUCACGUCCCUGAGUUAAGCGACCCCUCCUCACAGAGAGGGGCAGAAGCAAGAAGAGAUUUUCUUGAAGCCAAAAUGGUACACCGAUAUUUAAGAAGGAAAGCGAAUCCAAACAGUUGUGAUCUAAAGAAUCAAUAAGCCUCAAGCCUUAUGUUUCUCCAAUGCUACACUCGCUUGCCUAGCUUUACGAAUAUUGCUUUUGUUUUCUGUUUAUGCAUAGCCUUGAUUUGUUGGACCCUGCCUCCCCCCAUUUACAUGCAUGCAAUCAGGCUACUAAGGUAAAAGAGUCUGCUAUAUAGUGUUGAGAGCGUGUGUAGUGCUGCAUCUUAUGACAAGGGGACAGACGAAGCUGGGAUGCCAGGAAAAUCAACAAAAGGGACGUGGUUAUUUGGGGUGAGGGGGUGGGGGGAGGCCAGAGCGAGGCGGAAGGCUCAGAGGGCCUGGGGGAGGGGGUGUCCCGGGGAGGCGGGGGGGCGGGAGGGUGAGCAUAAAGGGGCUUGUGUAUUGUGUCGAUGAAGCACGUUUAUUUCCAUAGAAGGUGGCCACCCUGGGGCAGCCGUUCCUUCAUCACGGUCCCCAGGGUCUGCGGAGAAGGCAGGCAGGCAGGCAGUCUUCAGGUUCCAGCCUUUGUCACAUCCCCUCCUAGAUUUUAUUCCUUUGAACCUUUUAUUAAAAACACCAAAACCCAAGCAUUACUUUCACUGCUCGAUCGUGCCAGUGUGCGGGGUGGGGGGAGCACUUUCCCAGCGUUGCUUUCCAAUUCUCUUUGCCCGGCUGGGAAGGAAGAGAGGGGAUAGGAGACCACCCUUCUCCUCCUCCGUCCUGCCGGCCUCUUUGGUGCUGUUAAAAGGCAACAGCUGGGAGCGCACAUAGGCCCCCGAGGCGGGUGGGGGCAGCCAAUCUCACGCACCUCCCUGUAAACGUGCUGGAGGUCGCCUCUCCCCUUGGCUGGCGAAACCCAGAAGAGCCACGUGCAUCCAGCGUUCCAAGUUAGGACGAGCCGAGGUGGGGCCAGGGAAGGGCUACUCUUGCUGGCGGUGAGUGGCUGCUUCUUUCAGUCUGGGGGUCCAGGCACAUCUGUGAUUGAAUAGGAUUGUUCAUUUGCAAAUAUAUGCACUUAGGUGUUCUCGAAGUUUUGCAACGAACAGGUGAUCUCAGUUGAGAUGGGAGUCACGGGAGCAUUUGGGAAAGCGAGUCUCUUGAGCUGGGGGAGCAUAUCCUGGGACCGUGGGUCUGCUUUUCAGGUCUGAACCACCUGUCUCCCCUUCCUUUAGCACAUCCUCCGGGGGAGCUUUUUGUUUCCGUCUAAAGUCUCCCAGGGUGAGUGGAAGUGACACGCAGUCUUGGGUGAUGCGUGGAACCCCGUGUGCGUUUUUCCCCAUCCUGCUGCUUCUGCAAAUUCAAUUUUGGAGCAAGUUCUGUGAGCCAGAUGAGUAUCUGUGGAACCAAGAGGCCCGUAGGCAGAAUAAGUAUAUUCACCCUGGGAUCCGACUUCUGUGCUUGGGGGAUUCAGCUCGUAGAACCCGUAACCCUGUGUACCGGGUGCUUUGAAGAAACGAAGAGCAGGCCUCACACACCUGGCCAUGAUGUCUGACGGCAGGUUUCAAUAAGCUGAAGACCAGAGAAAAGGGGACGACAUAGGACUAAAUAUAUCCAAGGAAGAGGAUACCCCCCUUAGCAAGCCAAUUAUUGUUCUAGUCAUGAAAAGGAUCAUUUCUCCUCCUAAUAAGGAAUCUUGCUAUUUUAAGGCUUUUUCAUGGUGUCUUUAUUUUAAAGGAAAUUUAGGGGGAGCAUGUACCUUUUCCUUUAGAACUCAAAGAUUUAGGGGCCUUUUGCAGAACUCAGAAUGACAGUUUUUCGGGCAGAGGCAGAUGGUCAGAUCUGAAGCAUGUACACUAUUAUACCGCAGGGGUGGGCUGGGCGGUCUGAGGUGUUGCAGUACCAGCCACAACCACCAGAUGGAGGAAAAGACAAACUAGUGGCCUCCUCUUGUGUACCAUCUGAUACUGUUAAGUUAGCAGUUACUGUUACUUAAGCUGUUCUGUUAGCUACUGUUAACUUAGAGUCCAGCCCCUCCCUCCUUGACCUCUCUAUGCCAUGAAAAUAACUCUUGCAUGGCCAAAUGGGUCAUCUGCCCUGGGACUGCUGAAUGAAGCAUUCAACCAGAACUUCACAUUCUACACAAGCUUUCUGUGCUGUGGGAACAACCACCUCUGAUGCCUUCAUGAUGGGCAACAUGAUCUGGGGAAGCCUCUCUUUCUCCACUUACCAUAAGUAACUUCCUAAGCACAGAGAUUCCUAAGAACUUCAAGAAAACUCCCUUUAUUUGCAUCACUUUGAUUUCUUGAACCUUGUCACUUUAGUUAAAAUUAUGUUCACCUAUGUCCUGUUCCAUAAGACACAUCAAAGAGCUCUCCGUAUACAAAGGGUUUAGGAAGAGAACAUGAUGCGAGUUGCAUCCCUCUCAGAGUUCACGCCAUCUCAUCCAAGAGUGGAGGCCAUGCUGGACCUUCCUCUCCUGCCCAAGCUUUCCUUUUUCCCUCUCUUCUCUUAGCCUGGCCCCUCUCUAAAGAUGGCCUGCCUUCCCCCAACCUUCUCCCAUUGUUCCCCAACCCAGGUGGCCAUCAUCUGAGUUCUGGGAGGGCCACCAUCUUGGGUGGUUGAGAAGGUAUUUGUGGAAUCGUUAAAUCAGCCAACCCGGCAGAAGUAUUCUAUUUCUAUGUCUUCUAAAACUGGCAGUGUUGUUGUCAUCACGAAAAUGGGUUUUCUUCAAAGACCAGUCACCCUCUGGCCUUUUUCUUCAUGCCUACACCCAGAGAGUCAUGCUUUGCUGCAAAGGCCUUAAUCCUAAUCCUGGACUUCUGCUCACCCUGAGAAGCCCUUCCCAACUAGGGUGGAUGAGCCCUGACUUUGGUUCUUGCCACAAGCUUCCCAGGCCUUCUCUCCCCUAGAAAACUCCAGCUUGAGUCCCAGAUAUACCCAUGGGCUGUCCUCGGCAGCCAGCAUUCAUUGUAAAAGUUCCCUCCUUGGAAAAUGGUGUGUGGGUGUUCAGUUCUGUGUCUGGUGAAAAUGAACAGACCGUAAAUCUCCCCGUGAUCUGUGGUAGCUGUGAGGCAGCUCUGGGACGUGAAGAGCUGUUUGGUUUGAACCGUGAAGAAAACUGUGUUUUGAGUUUAGCUGAGAUUAAAGAAAAAGUUCAUCAAGUGACUGUUAAUGUACACCUGGUUAUUAAAAUAACUAUGAAAUUA